CUUCCCUGCAGCGUGCCCAAAUCUUGUGAAGACUUAGUUUCAAUUGAGGACUAGUUUGUCUCAAAACAUGGUUCCCACACCUCCUCGUGAUCGCAGACCUAUCGUCAUUUCUGGACCGUCUGGCGUCGGUAAAGGAACACUUAUCAAGAAGCUUUUUGAUGAACAUCCCAACACGUUCGCAUUUACCGUGUCUCACACAACUCGCAAACCCCGAAUUGGUGAAGUUGAAGGAAGAGAUUACUUCUUCGUCACUCCCUCCACAUUUGAUAACCUCAUCUCCCAAGAGGCCUUUGUUGAACAUGCUACGUUCAGCGGGAACCAGUAUGGCACGAGCAAACAAACAAUUAUGGACGAAAUGGCCAAGGGACUAGUUGUUGUGCUAGAUAUUGAAAUGCAGGGCGUCAAACAGAUGAAGGCCAACCCAAGCAUUGACGCACGGUAUGUCUUCAUCAAACCGCCAAGCUUCGAGACUCUCGAGCAGCGUCUUCGAGGACGUGGCACUGAGAAAGAUGAGGACAUUCAAAAAAGACUAGCGCAAGCAAAGGCUGAAAUUGAGUAUGCGGAUACUGAAGGUGUUUAUGACAAGAUCAUUGUUAAUGAUGAUCUUGAGAGGGCAUUUAAAGAGCUCGAGGAGUUCGUUUAUGGCUGAGUUUUUCCAGACCAUCAAUGUUCAUCAAUUUUUGUUGAUAUAUGGAAAUCUGAAUGAAUCAUUUAAAGGGCACGUUAACCAGCUCGCUAAGAAGGCAUAAACUCUGUCGCGGCGGAGGCCAUCAUUACUCAGCCCUACAGCGUCUUGAGACCA